AUAGAAAGAGGGAAAUACAGUACACAAGCUCUGGUGGCCUUACCAUUCAUUCACCACUUAGCCCCAUAUCCGUCAACAUGGCUCCGAAGCUGUGGUACUUGUGUAUCUUAUGGGUGAGUACUGCCAGCAUCCUGGCAGUGGAACUUGAUCCAUGUGAACCAGACUGUACCAGCGCAUCGCCUUUCGACAAGGUAGAGGACCCUUAUGACUGCACGCAGUUUUAUUUCUGCCUUGCUGACCAUACCCCAGCAGACCACUCAGUGCCCUGUCCAGCGGGCACAGCCUUCAACCCUGACGACGGUGACUGCACAGGCGCUGUGCCCUGCGAGUCCUUGUGUGGGGGUGGAGGUGGCGGAGGAUGCCAUCUCACCUGCAAUGGCACAGGAGAUGUGAUCAGCGAUCCAUUCAACUGCAACAUCUUCUAUGAAUGUGAUGCUGCCGGUCCACAGCCACCCAGAACCUGCCCAGCCGACCGGCCGUACUUCGACGGCACAAACUGCGUCAACGACGAGGCCGUUUGUUGCAUUCCCAGCUGUGAACCCAGCUGCGAAGCUGCAGCGACGCAAGUUCCAGACCCGAGGGACUGCAGUAAGUUCUACAUAUGCAUGGAAGCUGGUACUCCAGAUGAAAGCCUUCACUUUUCAUGCCCUUCGGGGCAGACCUUCGACAUUGGGACAGGACACUGCUCUGCCAGUGCGGAGUGCAAGAUACUGUGCCCUGGUAGUACUACAAGCCCAGUGAGCCCAAGUGGACCUUCAGAGAGCUCAACCUCUUCCAGCGGAUGCAUAGACAGCCUAACUUGUACUGGUCAAGGGGUUUUUGCAAAAUGCAACACCUGUGUGCCGGAAUACUUUUUCUGCAAAGCUGCAGGUGAUGCAGGAGAGCAAAAGGAGUGCACGAAGGGGAAAGUGUUCAAUCCUGUCCCUGAAUUCCCUAGCUGUAUUCUACCAGGAAAUUGUCCUUAUUAUCCUUGAAAAAAAAUGUUCGUUUUGUAAAUGACUCCCUGCACUCAAUCCUGGGAAGUUUACAAUAAAUG